ACCACCCCAUAAACGCUACACAUAGAUCUACAGUACUUGUGCAUGCGGACGAACGAGUGGUUUCCAAAGUCGAUGUAGCUGUAUCCACAGAAAAUUACCACCUGGAUGUCUUGCUGGGGUUGUCAUUCAUGUACCUUUCCAGCGGACUGAGUUUCUGUCGAAUGAGAAGGACAUCUUAUACCAUGGGUGGAUUCUACCUUCUCUAUCUGUUCAUGAUUCUCCUGGUGAGAUCUGGUGAUGUUGAAACCAACCCUGGACCAGACAGGAUUGUCAGUGAAAAGGAAUUCUUAAAGCUGUCAAAGCAAAUUAAACCUAGCUACUACAAAGAGGUGGGCAUUAACCUGGACAUCUCCAUUGCAGAGCUUGGUCAAAUCGAGAAAGAGAGCCAAAAUACCAGUGAUGCAUUGAUGACAGUCUUCACAAGAUGGAGAGACAAACAGCCUCCAGGCACAGACAUCAGGGCUCUUCUUGCAGAGGAAUUAGAAAGUAGUGACUUAGGGUCCCUCUCUGGCAAACUACUUGCUGGCAGUCUAGUCCCAAACAGGACAGGUGCACCUGUUAGAUUGCCAGGAUCACAGCCCCAACCACUUUCUGCUGACCUGAUCGAGAGAUGUGCAGAUGAUUUGAGAUCCAAAUACCGGACAACUCUCUGUAAGAUCAGAGCUGAUCCUCUCAUCCCAAUUUCCAUUGUGCAGUUUGGCGACAUGUACACAAACCUUGUCCUGGAAGAGGAAUAUCGACAACGUAAGCGACCACUUGAGUACAGUGAUCUCUUUGAUCUUAAAGUCAAUGGAGAGUUUCCCAAGCGGAUCAUGGUUCAGGGAGAGGCUGGGACAGGAAAGACAACAUUCUGUGCUAAGAUUGCCUGGGACUGGAUAAAUGACAGUCCUGCUCUCCAAAAGUUUGUGUGGGUACUUGUUGUCCCAUUUCGUGAAGCCAAACAAUACACGAUUGGUGAGAUUGUCAAGUCGUAUCUCUCCAAGGGCAACCCAGCAACAGCCUGCCAAAUCACUGAGUACAUCCGUUCAAAUCCAAAAGAUGUAUUCAUUGCGUUUGAUGGAUUAGAUGAGUUUGAUGGCAAGGUUGUACAGCAAAGGAAAGCUGGUUCAAAGUCAGACUGUCACCAGCCAAAGUCUGCUGAUCAAACCAAGGCAAGAUCAGAAUCAAAGAUGAACAAGAAUAAGCGGCAAAAGUUAAUGCAACCAAAGUCAGGAAGCCCAACAAGUGCCACUUCGCAGCCAAGUGUCAACAGUGCAGAGGCAAGCGUAAGGUCUUCAGAGAGAGGUGAAAUUCCACUUACAGACAUUCUUCGUUCAGAUGAACUUGUCACUUGCCCGGUGUUGGUGACAAGUCGCCCAUGGAAGGUCAAAGAGAUUAGAUGGGAUGAUAGUCUGAGCAAACGGUACACUUUCCUGCAUUUGGAAGGUUUUAGCAAGGAGAAUGUGGAGGUUUACAUUCACAAGUACUUCCAAGAUGAUGGGGCCAAAGCAGAUCAGCUUAUCCAAUUAACCAAAGACAAUGUCAUCAUAUCUGAGCAUAUGGCCCCGUAUCCUAUCUACAUAGCUAUGGUCUGUCUUAUGUGGAGAGAACUUGGUGACGAAAAACAAGAAAAGUUUAAGUCGUUACAAACUUUUUCUCAAAUAUUUGAUGAAAUGUUUGAAUUCUUGAAGGUGCAUUAUGCUCAGAAAAAAAUCCCAGAUUUAGACAGCCCAUCUUUCCAAGCAUGUCGCUCUCGAAUUGAGAAACUCAUGGAACCAGUUGCCAAAGUUGCUUUCAUCGGGCUACAAGAAAACACCCUUAGUUUCAAAGAAGGUGAUUUUGAACAGUGCUCAGACUCCAUUGAAACAGCUUGCAGAGUAGGGGUGUUGUCUCAGGAGAAAAAUUUGUCAUCUAACCUGUAUGAUAAGAGCAGUAUGUUCCUGCAGUCUACUAUCUUCUUUCCACACAAACUCUUUCAGGAGUACAUGGCUGGGGUCUAUCUUGCUUCCCUGUAUGAACUAGAUCCCAAUAAAUUCAACAGGCUGAUUGAGCAAGUAGUGCUGCCUAGGAAAAAAGAGUUCAGGUAUCUCCUGUAUUUCACUGUAUCACGGAACAAAGCCAUUGCAAACCAUGUCAUGAAAUGCAUGUUACAGGUUGACACCAGAGACAGAGAUGAGAUGGAUUUCUUGGUUGAUGUAUCCUUUGAGAGUCAGGACCUAGAUACUGCAGCCUUGUUGAGGGAUAGAAUGUCAUCUCUGAGAAUAUGGUUAUCCAUGACAGCACACACCAUAGCAGGUUAUGUAUUCACUGGACUAGGUGUACAUAAAGAUGUGAUCGAUCUUGGAGUAAAUGAAGAAUUUGGACCAAUUAUAUCACAUGAUAUGGGGGAGAUUAUAUGCUCUGUGCCCUCUCUAAAGCAUGUUACACUACUUGAAGCUGCCUUGCACAGUGACUUCUAUGCAGUUCUUGCUAAAGAAGGAAAGAAGUCCAAGGUCCAAACUGUCACGCUCAUUGACAUUAGGCGUCCAACAUCAGCCUCUUCACAUUACCUAGCGGAUGCUUUGUGUUCCAUGCCAAACCUGACUAGCCUGACACUACAGGGAAAGGAUUUAAAGGAGGAGUUCUAUUCUGCACUGAAUGCAAAGGCGUCAACCUUACAGGAUUCUUUUCCUCAAAUCAGUAAUGGAAAUUUCAUGUUCAAUGGAGUUCCCCAAGCGGAUUUUGAUUCAUUCCUGCAGUCACUCACUGACUUUCGACGGGAGGAUGCAUUUGACUUUACAGACUCGGACGAGGAGGUUAGCGUCUCGGACGAGGAUGAUGACGUCUUGGACCAGGAGGAUGACCUAUGAUGGACAUCACAGCCAUCAGAAUACCUUCAACCAUCAAGAUCGCAUAGCUGGAUUAUGUGCUGCUCGAUCGUAUAGAACUAUCUCCAAGAGGGUUCUACGACACUUGCUACUGUGACAGUCUUUCUGCGUCGGCUUCCUACACUAACCAAAAUUCCAGCUUCAACCUCAGAAGAGGAGGAUUACGUCUCAGACGAGGAGGAUGACCUAUGAUGGACAUCACAGCCAUCAGAAUACCUUCGAGAGCCACACAAUGGCAGUGCACAACCAUCCAGAUUGCACAGUUUGAUUAUGUGCUACUGGAUCAUAUAGAACUAUCUCCGAGUCGGUUGUACGACAGUUGUUCCGCGUCGGUUUCCUACACUUACCAAAAUGUUAACUUCAACUUCAGGCCUUACAUAUUACUGUAAACAUAAAAUUAUAAUAUUUAACACUAGAAAUGAAACAGCAAAUUCAAUGAACUUCAUAUCACAACAUAGCAACGUUAUAUUCAUACACAAUAAAUAUAUCAUAUUACGUGUACCUAACCGUAAACAUUAUUACCUGAACUCAAAAUAAAGUGCGACCAUAACCCUAUAUAUUUCAUAAAGUAUAGCCUGGAUCAUAGGAUCAAAUGUUGACCCUCAUCCAUUUUUUCCCCUCAUCCACAGGAUUCCUUUACAUCUACAAUCAUGCAAAAUUCCAUAUUUACAUCACUUGGUCAAACUAAAA